GUAUCGUACGUACCGGUACGUACAUCAAAUGCUGUAAGGACAGAAUUCAUAAUUCAUAACGUACCGUACAGGAACGAAUCCGCCGAGGAAUCGAGGGAGGGACAAAGCCACAACAGAAUGCCGACAAACCAGUUGCACCACCCGUUGCGUUCGGUGUUCGCCGGACUCCAGCGACGGAACCACGGGAGCGGGGUGCCGUCUCUGCCCCUCCGCGGUUUCGCACCGACGACGCCUUCGGCGUUGCCAGCAUCGGACCGGGAACGCAAGAAACGAGCCCACAACGCCAUUGGCCGUAACUCCUCGCAUCCAUCGAAAGAAAUCUCUCCAGUGGUGGGACCCUGGUCCACCAUUCAUGAUUUAGGCUCACAACGGCAGCAAUGCAGGUUGUCUUCCUCCUCCUGCUCCUCUUCCUCGGUCUUGUCGAAGCGGGCCGCCACCCAGACCCCCGGCUUUCCGCCCGGACAGCGGUGGAAGGCCGUCCCGCCCGCGAACCUUUUGCACCUCUCGAUCGGCGGGGUGUACGCCUACAGCAUGUGGACCCCGGCCCUGACCAGGGCCCUGGGGGUGGUUUCGAGCGCGCCGUUGGACUGGACCCACGCCCAGGUUCUCCCGGUCUUUUCCUGUGCGGCCCUCUCCCUCGGGGCCACGACGCACUUUCUGGGCUCCUGGGUGGAAUCGGUCGGGCCACGCACGGCGGGAGCGGUGGGCUCCCUAGUGUGGUCGGCGGCGCUGGUCACCACCGGGGCGGGGGUGUACUUCCACCAGCUCCCGCUGGUCUACGCGGGGUAUUCGGUGCUGGGGGGCAUCGGGUGGGGCCUCAUGUACCUCAGGUGAGUCUCGUGGAACGGAACGGGCCGGGCCGGUUUCCGACCGGUGCGGCCCGAGACUCGAACGAAGAAGGAGUGCUGUUUUUAUGAAGUUGUUUCUAAUGCGGUUCGAUGCCAUGCCAUGCCAUGCCAUGCCAUGCGGUGGAAUGCAAUGCUGUAUCGAAUACGUGCAGUCCCGUAACUACGGUCAUGAAAUGGUUUCCCGAUCGGCGGGGACUGGCCACGGGAAUCGCCCUCAGUGCCUUUGGGGUGGGCGCGGCCGUUGCGCCGGCACUGAUUCACGGCGCGAUGGAAUUCUUUGCGGUGGCGCCCGACUACCUCGGUCCGCUGGCGGCCCCGGCGGGAGCCCUCCCCGGGACGGCGUCCCCCUCGUUUGUGGAACUCGCCACCCUGCCGGACGGAUCCCAGGUCGUGGCCGGGGGCUCGUCCCUGGGGACGCCCGGCCAGCCCGUCGUCGUAGCGACCGAGGCCGACCUUGCCAAGGUGUCCGGCGUGCACACGGGACCGGGCGUAUACGCCCUCGGCACCGGUGACACCGGUGCGGCGAAAGCCUUCUGGGCGGUCGGAUCGCUCUACGGGGCCUUGGGGCUGCUCGGAAGCCGCUACAUGAUGCUUCCCCAUUCCGACUGGACCCCCUCCGGCACCGUGGCAAAAGAGCCCACAGGGAAGGACCACGAGAGCAACCCGUCCGAUCCCCCACACCGCACGGGAGACGAAGGAGCAAUUACCACGAGAGAGACAGCCUCCUCGAACGACGUAGGCCUUCCCGCCUCGUACGUCACGACCUCCACCACCCAGUAUCCGUUGCUCUGGCUCGGCGUCUUUGGAAAUGCCACGGGCGGACUUGCACUGCUGUCUUCCAGCAAGCUCAUGAUGACCGACAUCUGGGCCGGGGUGGCACCCUCCGUCGUUACGGCCUCCUUUGCCACGGGGUACGUGUCCUCCCUGGGCGUCGGCAUGGCCGUGGGCCGCUUCGGCUGGAGCGCCCUGAGCGACUCGCUCGGAAGGAAAAACACCUACUCCCUGUUUGGCCUCGGGAUCCCGUUGGUGGGCCUGGCACCGCACCUGGCCCAUGCCGCGGCGGAAACCGCUUCGGUCGGCGGGAUGGAAAGCGAGCAGCUGGUGGUCCCGUACCUUUGGGCCUUCUACGGUGGGAGCGUCCUGGCCAUUACCUUUUACGGGGGCAUCUUUUCGGCCCUCCCGGCCUAUAUUGCCGAUCUGUUUGGACAGAAACACGCCGGUGCCAUCCACGGCAAGCUGCUGACGGCGUGGGCCGCCAGCGCCGUGGUCGGGCCCAUGGGCCUCGGGUACCUGCGGAGCCGCUCUGUGGACAAUGCCGUUGGGGAUCUGCUGGAGGCGAUCGGGAACGGUGGCCAAGAGGCCGACGAGGCACGGAAAUCCGUGUUCGAGGAGACCUUUGGGUGCGGGCUGGACGACACCGAAACGAUCGAGAAACUGAUCGAUGCCAAGACGAUCUCGAUCGGCCGGCUGAUGGAGCUGGUGCCGGAGGGUACGGUCGAUCCCACCCCCUUUCUCUACGACACCACGUGCUACGCCUCCGCGGGGUUCAUGGGGAUCGCCCUGCUGGCGAACCUCGCCAUCCGGCCCCUGGAAUUUGUCAAAAUCGGUGCGAGAGCGAGGGAACCAAACGACGAGAACGGCCCGCGGCAAGAAACCGAAAGCAAAUCGUGAUUUGAAGUUGGAUCGACGCGCGGAUUGUUUUGCCCUGUCCGUGUACAAGCUUGGAUAAAACCGGACGUGCAAA